GAGCUUGAUGAGCUUGGGGGCGGAGGAGUCUGAGAAGCUGACACCUAUCAUAUAAAUGUCUAACGUGGCAACCCAAAAGAGAGUACGUGUUAGGCUUAGACAGGACGAGUAUGGCAACCCCAUCCAACUCAACGACGAGCAUGGCAACCCGGUUGUGUUGACUGAUGAACAUGGCAACCCCGUGAGGCUCUCUGGCAUUGCAACCAAGGUCGGCACGACACUCGGGUCGCUGAUCUUUGGCAGUGGUGAUGAGGAUGGUGGUGGCCAUGGCAGUGCUUGUGAUGCUGAAGGUAGUUCAGGUGGUGGCAAUGGCGACGGCGAGCAGGAGCUGAUGCCGGUCGUGGAGCAUGAAGAUGGCGGCUCAGGUACACAUGUUGGCUCGGCCACUUCAGGCUCUAGUCCGUCUGAGGAAGAAGAACAAAGUGAGAAGAGGAAGAAGAAGAAGAAGAAGAAGAAAGGACUGAAUCAAAAGAUAAAAGAGAAGCUAACAGGAGGGAAGCAUAGAGAGGAGCAACCUCAAGCUUCUUCCCCUCCGACCACCACCGCAACUACAACCGCCUCUCCGAUCACCACAAACAAAAUUCACUAUGGGGAACCCGCUCAUAAUAUUCUCUGAAUUGCUUUUGGUUCGUGUACUUGAAGACCUGACUGUAUUUUCAAAGAUUUUGAUUGUAUUUUCAAAGAUUUUGAUUCGGUUUCAA